UGGCUCGACUAGGUUGUUCCCCGCGGAGUCAUGACACGAUCUCCAGGACCGGGGGCCUACCUUCAUGUAUGUGCUCGAGUUGAGCUUCAAACAAACCCCCCCGCACGAAUGAACGUGGGUGGGGGAGGGGGGCCAAACCGAUGAUCGCAGGAAACGAACCCAAACAGGCCGGCCGCUGCACACUGCACCGCAGCUAUGGCAUAUCACAAUCAACCGGCUCGUUCAGGCUCCAACACACCUGAGCAUGGGAAUAUAUAGAGUGUUUUGUUUUAUACGUCUGACAAUCACGCCCAGGAGUUAUAAAGCCCCGCCCAGGUCACCCUCCCAGAGCCUUGGAUAACUCACUCCACAAAGAACUUUGUUCCUCCUUCCGGCCCCUCUGCCCCCCUGCACCCGAUAAAUCGGUACGAGGAGAAAAACCUUCGCCAUGAAGAAGGUUUCUAACAUCUACGCCAUCUCGGCGUUCGCCGCCAUUGGUGGUGGUCUGUUCGGCUUCGAUAUCAGUUCUAUGGCUGGUGUGCUGGGUACCGGUGCGUACAAGAGAUACUUCGAUAAUCCUCUGGACGAGAGGCAGGGCGGUAUCACGGCAUCCAUGCCUGCGGGAUCGCUGCUUGGUGCGUUGAUGUCGAGUUACAUCUCAGAUCGAUGGGGACGAAAGAUUGCAAUUCAAAUCGGUGCCAUCAUCUGGAUUAUUGGUUCGAUCAUCCAAUGCGCUUCUCAGAACGUCGGCAUGUUGAUUGUCGGCCGUAUCAUUGCCGGUAUUUGUGUUGGUAUCACUUCGUCGACCGUCCCCGUCUACCAGGCCGAGCUUGCACCCAAGGAACUUCGUGGACGCAUGGUCUCCUUCCAGCAGUGGGCCAUCACCUGGGGUAUUUUGAUCCAGUACUUCAUCCAAUACGGUGCCUCCUUCGUCGAUGGUGGUUCCGAGAACCCAAACCAAGGCACCGCCGCCUUCCGUAUUCCAUGGGGAGUCCAGAUGGUCCCGGCCUUCAUCCUCUUCAUCGGCCUCUUCUUCUUCCCUUACUCCCCGCGUUGGCUCGCAUCCAAGGACCGCUGGGAUGAGGCCCUCGUCGUGCUGGCCGAUGUUCAUGGUGGUGGAAACGUCAACGACCCGAAGGUGCUUGCAGAGUACAAGGAGAUCGAGGACGCCAUCCGUUUCGAGCGCGAGGAGGCCAUCAGCUCCUUCGCCGAGCUCACUAAGCCGAGAACCGUCAAGCGUGUCAUCCUCGGAAUGUCGCUUCAGAUGUGGUCGCAGCUCUGUGGUAUGAACAUUAUGAUGUACUACAUAGUCUACGUUAUGCAGGGUGCCGGUAUCGACGACCCUCUUCUAACCGCCGCCAUCCAGUACGUUAUCAACGUUGUCAUGACCGUUCCGGCCAUCAUCUUCAUCGACAAGCUCGGUCGUCGCCCCGCAUUGCUCGCCGGAUCCUUCCUGAUGAUGACCUGGCUCUUGAUCACCGGUGCUGUCCAGGGAGCGUACGGAGAGCCGGAAACAGACCCGACUCAGCCCAUUACCUGGAAGAUGGUCGACAAGAAAUCACAGGCCAAGGCGGUUACCGCAUGCUCCUACCUCUUCGUCGCAACCUUCGCAACAACCUGGGGACCCGUCUCCUGGACGAUGCCCUCCGAAGUGUUCCCCCACAAGGUCCGUGCCAAGGCCGUCGCGCUUUCCACUGCUUCCAACUGGGCGUGGAACUGUGCCCUCGCUUUCGCCGUCCCGCCCCUUCUCCGCGCCAUCAACUGGAAGAUGUACAUGAUCUUUGCUGCCUUCAACGGUGUCGCUUUCAUCCACAUGUUCUUGACUGCUCCCGAGACCAAGGGAAAAACACUUGAGGAGAUGGAUAUUGUGUUCGAUUCGGGCAUUCCUGCGUGGCGGGCCGUGCCGAAGGGGAGUAGGCUUGAUGAGCUACAGAAGGACAUCGAACAGGGUAAGAUCAAGGUUACGGUUGGAGCCGUUCCUGUUCACGCGGAGGAUAGCAAGGCCGAGUAAGGGCUGCGAUGAGAGGGUGGGAUGGGGGGAAGGGGGGGAUGGGUGAAGGAAGGGAUUGUUUUGGCCCUCCUUUGUGAGCUGCUGCGUGAGAGCAAGAUGGAGCGCUUGUAUUUACCUCUGAAUUGAUGUUGUUCCGAUGAGAAA